AUGGAGGCAGCUGAGGGAAGCUUGCCACGCAGGGCACGCGCACCACGCACUGGGCCCAGCCAUGCUCCUGCCCUUCUGGUUUACCUCCUGACCUGCCCCGCUGACAAGCUUUUUCUCGGCGUUGUUUGUCUCGCUGCUGUGGUGGCAGUGUUGAUGUGGCUGGAGUGGGAUGGAAUGCUUGGCGGGCUGGAUUCGUCAGCAAUGUUGAAAGCCGAGGCCUUCAUGGUCUAUGCUUUUGCCUCGUGGGAGGAGGCGUCGCAACGAGUGAAUGCCUCGCACCUGAGACUUGAGGAGGCGCUGAAACAGGAUCUCAUCACUCGGUCCGUCCGCACCGUGGUCAUGGACCCGAGUGGUCGCAUCCUCAUGGGUCGACGUGAUGCUCCUGGAUCAAUGUGCUUCGAGAGCUACCAAGUUGGUGUCAGCAGCUAUUGCGGUGCAGUGGAAGACCUGGUAGCCUGUGCGCUGCGAGCCCUCGAAGAGGAGAGCGGCUCUUCAGUGCAGAACUUCCAGGCGUACAUGCAGGGCGAGCGGCAAUACCGGUUUGUGCUGGAUGAUGGCUCAGUGCAUCGAGAGCUCACGGGUCUUGCUUGUGUGUGGCUGCCGCCAUCAUUUAGGUGGACCGGCGCGGGCAAGCUGUCAUGGCGCUUCGACAAGCCCGUCACUGUGCAGAUGAAACUCUCAAUGUCCAGCCUGUGGUGCAGCGAAGACUUCCGCCAAUUGAUGGAGGAAGCCCAUGAUGCAGCAAGACGCUGCCAUGAGCAGACUGAGAUGGUCUAG